AUGGUAGACAAGAGUGAACCGUCCAGGGGACGCGACUACGCUGGAAUACGAUGGCAGCUCGUCAUUCUCGGGCUCUUCAGGUUCAGCGAGGCCCUGGCAUGGACGACCAUAUUCCCAUAUGCCUUUACGAUGAUGAAGUCAUUUCUCCGAGCAGACGGUGACCAGGCAGCACGGGCAGCUGUCCUGGCAUCCAGCACCGUCUCACUCUUCACCUUUGGCGAGUUCUUGACCAGCGUCCCCUGGGCAAAAGUCAGUGACCGUAUAGGACGGAAGCGGACCCUGAUGAUAGGAGUGGCUUGCGGCGUGGUUUCGGCUCUGGUGUUUGGGCUAUCAAAGAGCCUGGGGAUUGCACUGGCAGCUCGAGCAUUUGGCGGCUUGACAAACCCAAACGUCGGAGUCGUUUCGUCCUGUGUUGGAGAAUUGGUCAAAGACAAGAAGGACCAAGGUAAAGCAUUCUCUGUGGUGCCAUUUUUGAGAGCCCUGGGGAGCCUGAUAGGGCCAGCUAUUGGUGGCUGGCUGGCUGAGCCCACGGAGACAAUACCGUCAGUCUUUCCACCGGGAGGCAUAUGGGAGGAGUUCCCUUAUCUACUACCGAAUUUGGUCGUGGCCUUGUCCAUGGCAGCCAGUGGGCUGUUGGGGUUUUUCUUCCUUGAAGAAACACAUUCUCAUCUCCAGAAUAGCCGGAACGUAGGACUGGAGAUGUUCCAGUGGCUCUAUCAAAAGACAAGAUCGCUUUUUGGCGCUGCCGAUACCCAAAAAUAUGCUGUGUUAUCAUCUCCUGAUGGGGAUGAUGAUAUCCCACUUCAUUGCACGGAGGAUAUCGAGUCUACCUCUGUGGAGGAAACUGAUUUUAAUGAUGAAAAUGAAGAUUCAGACCUGAAGGGUAAGCCUACUAUAAGAACGGCAUACUCAUCACAGGUCAUUCUUCAGAUUCUAGCAGCGUCGAUAUUAGGCUUUCACAAAGUAUCUUCGGAUGUGAUUAUUCCUAUUUUCUUAGCUCAGGAUAAAGAAUCGAUCCAAGACGAGAAAGGAUCCAGUUUACUCAAGUUCACUUCUGGCUUUGGAAUGAGCUCUCCAAGCAUCAGCAACGUUUUUCUGUCUCAGGUAGUGGUGGCUAUCCUAGCUCAGAUUUUCAUCGUUCCAAAACUGAUUGCCCAUCUGGGAGCUUUGAAAGUUUUUCGAUGGGCUGUGUUUGCGUUCCCAUGUCUAUACUGCCUCACGCCAUUCACAUCUCGGUUGAUCCAUCCGCUAUCGACAAUAUUGAUCUUGAUAGACCUUUGGAUUAAAGCUGUUCUCGUGAACUUGGGCUAUACGGCUUCUAGCAUUCUUGUGACGAACACAUCCCCGUCGCCGCUCCAUCUUGCAACUGUCAACGGAGCUGCUGCUUCUAUGGGAUCGCUAGCGAGAUCCGUUGGUGCCGCUGUGUCGGGAUCUAUGUUCCAUCUAGGGCUCCAACACCAGGUUAUUGGUUUACCGUUCUGGGCGUUGGCAGUAACGGCAACAGUUGGAGGCAUCAUUUCUCGAUUCCUGAGGGACGAGCCAUAA